AUGUCUCUUGUCGCGUACUCGGACUCUGAAGGGUCUGAUGACGAGCAGAUCCAGACGAAACCCGAAAAGCCUGUGUCGAAGCCUGCCAUCGCGCCCUCCAAUACCGCUUCAAGUUUCACAGUCAACAAGGCAAAUCCAAGGAAGAUACAAGUCAAGCUGAAUGAGGUAGCGACCAAUGGCGAAAAUGACGGAGAGCCCGCUCCAAAGAGGCCCCGGGUUGGAGGAGGGGCAUUCAGUGGCUUCAACGCCAUGCUCCCUGCGCCGAAGCGCGAUGGCCAGACACAGGCGCCGCCAAAACCAGCGGCAAGAAAAGUGUUCAGUCUGAGAACGGGUGCCGAGCCUGCAUUCAGUCGAGAUUCAGACUCGGAACUGCGACAGUUGUUCGCCGAGCAAGAUGCAGACGGCCCUGCACAAGGUAAUGGGGACGACACGAUACCGCCUAUCCCAUCUGCUGCGAGUAGUACGACAACUGUCACGAAAGAACAGCCUGUCAAAGGUAAUGUGUUCAUGUUCAAGCCGCUGUCUGUGGCGCGAAACAACAAGAAACCGAAACGCAAACCUGAACAGUCAACAACUAGCGACAUCAACCGAUCAAGUGGCCAGACAGCGCCUCCGUCUGCCACUACAAAUUCUGAUACGGUCGACCCUGACAAACCCGCUCCGCCACCGAAGAAAGUGGCUCUGUUCUCUAUGACCAACGAACCAGAAGAAGCUAUACAGGUCGAUGAUCCCCAGGGAGGCGAGGACGAGAUUGUCGAAGUCCUUGACGAACCUGUUACCGACCAGACCUACAACGAAUUCAACCAAAUGCCCACGACCACGGCCACGGCCACAUCCAACCAUUCACAGCCCCAGUCUCUGGACGCCAUUGCAUCAGACUUAAACCUUUCCAAAGCAGAUAGGCGGCAGCUCUUUGGACGGCGUGGACAAGGUACAGCCUCCGCGGUCAAUGUGGUCAACUUCAACACCGAUGAGGAGUACGCAGCGAAUGAGGCCCUGCGUGCCAGCGGAGAACAGAUACAACAUACCCCGGUCCGGGCUAUUGCUCCCGGCAAGCACAGUUUGAAACAGCUUGUUAGUGCCGCUACGGGGCAGAAGGACGCGCUUGAAGAAAGCUUUGCCACAGGGAGGAGGAACAGGAAGGAAGCAGGAAGCAAGUAUGGAUGGUGA